AGAAAAAAGAAAAAAGAAAAAAAUUCCCUAAAACAUGCAAGUCAAAACCAAGACCUUCCCAUUUAAUGAAGCAGAUAAACCAACUCUUUCCCGUUUAAAAUUUUUGUGUCAUACUCCUUUGUGCACUUCACAAUUACCUAAUUUCUUGAAGGUUCCAUUUCAACCCCCACAUAAAAACUGUACCCACUCCAACAACACCUCUCUCAUUUUAUCUAUACAUAUAUAUAUUCCUUCACCCCAAAGAUAUCAUUACAUUGGAAUUCUAAGAGGGAUCUUGUACAAUCAAGAAGCUCAAAAACCAACUAAGGGUGCAUAAAUUGUCAUGGCNUGUGGGUGUUCAUCAACAGCAGUGGCAGAAAAGAUUUCAUGGAACUGUGCAGUGUUUGUGGCAAUAAUGCUGGUGUUCAGUAGCUGCGAGUCAAAUACAAGAGGUUUCACGAAUCAGAUGUUUGAGGAGUGUGUCAGCAACAGCAAUUACAAGGUGUGUGAUGAGAUUUACGUGGUUCGUGAGGGAGAGACCCUUCAAACGAUCAGUGAAAAAUGUGGGGAUCCUUAUAUUGUUGAAGAAAACCCUCAUAUCCAUGACCCUGACGAUGUUUUCCCUGGCCUAGUUAUCAAGAUUAGCCCCUUCAACUAUAGACCAUAAAAUGUUCCAUUGUUCCACAGUUUUUUCAACCUCAGAUUCUGCUGUCAGAAAUUAAGGUUGCAGCUAAAACUUUGUCGUGGAAAAACAUUCUUAUAAUGUGACCUUUUACGGUCUUAACUUCCGUGUCAAUGGAUGCAUAAUACAUGAAGUCAAAGUGGGUGAGUUUCAAUUUUUCUGAAUAUGGGAUAACAUAUUGUAAUGAAGUUUUUGUAUAAGAUGUAUUUCAGCUUAAAAUAGAUGAGAGAAAUGAGAGAAUGUGUUAUACAAAUAUCAAACGUUAUGGUUGGGACGUUGAUAAAAAAGAAAGAAAUGGGUUCCAAUUAGUUCAAUUUUCAUUAUGUAUUUUCGACAAAUAUAAUAUUUCAUACAACUAUUUUGCAAUCAGAUGGUGGUAUGAAAAUUAGUGGUUGUUAAAAAGAUUAUUUUCCUUGUAUUUUUUUUUUAAGAACUCUUGCAAAUUAGGCGAGUUUAGA